CGGCAGCUGCGGCUCGUUGCGUUUGGGGGAAAAGGGCGCCGAAGCUUCAGGGGGCUCCCUUGCUGACAUGCCGUUGGAUUGAAAACAAACUACAGCAUCCAUCCUGGGAGGUGUCUGUCGGUGGUGAAUUUUGAAGAUGUUGAAGUUUAAGUAUGGUGUGCGUAAUCCUGCGGAGAUAGGCAUGAUGGAGCCCAUUGCCAGCCGUGUCUCUAGACUUAACCUGCUUUUACAGGGGAAGCUGCCCUCUGUGGCACAGCAGCAGAUGUCUCCAUUUUCCAGGGAAGGCAUUUUGGACUCCCUAACGGUGCUUUUCGAAGAAUGCAGCAACCCUGUUUUAAUGAAAAUCAAGCAUGUGGGCAAUUUCAUUAAAAAGUAUUCGGACUCUGUAGCAGCAUUCCGAGAACUUCAGCCCAGUCUGAAGGACUUUGAAGUCAGAAGUCUGGUGGGAUGUGGUCAUUUUGCAGAAGUGCAGGUAGUGAGAGAGAAGGCAACUGGCGAUGUGUAUGCCAUGAAGGUGAUGAGCAAGGAGAGGCUGCUGGCACAGGAUCAUGUAUUAUUCUUUGAGGAAGAAAGGAAUAUAUUAUCCCAGAGUACCAGCCCUUGGAUUCCACAGUUGCAUUAUGCAUUUCAAGACAAAAAGAAUCUUUAUUUGGUUAUGGAAUAUGAGCCUGGAGGAGAUCUUCUGUCCUUCCUAAACAGAUAUGAGGAUCAACUUGAUGAAAGCACUAUUCAGUUUUAUCUAGCGGAGUUAGUUCUGGCCAUCCAUAGUGUCCAUCAAAUGGGCUAUGCUCACCGAGAUAUUAAACCAGAGAAUAUUCUUAUUGACCGAACAGGACACAUCAAGCUGGUGGACUUUGGGUCUGCCGCCAAACUGACGGUGGAUAAAAAGGUGGAUGCCAAACUGCCAGUUGGCACCCCAGAUUAUAUGGCUCCAGAGAUGCUAACAGUUCUGAAUAGCAAUGGCAAGGGUUCAUAUGGAUCAGAAUGUGACUGGUGGUCUCUAGGGGUGGUUGCUUAUGAAAUGAUGUAUGGAAAAUCACCAUUUAUGGAAGGAACCUCAAGCAAAACCUUCAAUAACAUAAUGAACUUUCAGAGGUUCCUGAAGUUCCCUGAGGAUGUGAAAGUCAGCAAAGAAUUCCUUGAUCUAGUGCAGAGCUUACUGUGUGGGCAGAAAGAGAGACUAGAUUAUGAAAGCCUCUGCUGUCAUCCAUUCUUUUCUACAGUUGACUGGAGUUGCAUCUGUAACUCUCCUCCCCCCUUUGUGCCUACCAUCAAGUCUGAUGAUGACACCUCAAAUUUCGAUGAACCAGACAAGAAUUCACGAAUUGUAUCCUCUCUGUGCAAGCUGAACCCUGCAGGUUUCUCAGGAGAAGAUUUGCCGUUUGUAGGAUUCUCCUUCAUCAAGGCGUUGGGGAUUCUCCGAACAGAGUCUGCUUUGGGUUUGGAUUCUCCAGCCAAGAUUAACUCCAUGGAAAAGAAAAUCCUUCUUAAGAGUAAAGAGCUGCAAGACACCCGGGAUAAGUGCCACAAGAUGGAGCAGGAAAUGACGCGCUUGCACCGCAGAGUAUCGGAGGUGGAGGCUGUACUUAGCCAAAAGGAGGUGGAACUGAAAGCCUCCGAGACCCAGCGAUCCCUCCUUGAGCAGGACCUGGCUACCUACAUCACAGAAUGCAGUAGCUUAAAGCGAAGUCUGGAGCAGGCUCGGAUGGAAGUGUCUCAGGAGGAUGACAAGGCACUGCAGCUCCUUCACGAUAUCAGGGAACAGAGCCGGAAGCUUCAGGAAAUCAAAGAACAGGAGUAUCAGGCUCAGGUAGAAGAGAUGAGGCUAAUGAUGAAUCAGUUAGAAGAAGACCUCAUUUCAGCUCGCAGACGGAGUGAUCUUUAUGAGUCGGAAUUGAGAGAGUCCCGAUUGGCUGCUGAAGAGUUCAAACGCAAAGCCACAGAAUGUCACAACAGGCUCCAGAAGGUAGCUAAGGUUAAAGAUCAAGGGAAAACGGAAGUAGGAGAGCUGUAUUCCAAACUGGAGAAGGUGAAUGCGGAACAGCAGGUCAAAAUCCAGGAGCUACAGGAGAAGCUGACAAAGGCAAUGAAAGCCAGCUCAGAGGCCACUGAACUCCUUCAGAACAUACGCCAAGCGAAAGAAAGAGCCGAGAAAGAACUGGAGAAGUUGCAAAACCGGGAAGACUCUAACGAAGGCAUGAAAAAGAAAUUGCUCGAAGCAGAGGAAAGGCGUCAUUCUCUGGAGAACCAAGUGAAGCGAUUGGAAACGGUUGAACGCAGAGAGAACCGACUGAAGGAAGAUAUCCAGACGAAAUCUCAGCAGAUCCAGCAGAUGGCGGAUAAAAUUUUGGAAUUAGAAGAGAAGCACCGGGAGGCACAGCUCUCCGCACAGCACCUGGAGUUGCAUCUGAAACAGAAAGAGCAGAUGUAUGAAGAAAGGAUCAAAGUACUUGACCAUCAGAUGAAAAAAGAUCUUGCAGACAAGGAUGCGCUUGAGAACUUAUUGAGAAAACAUGAGGAAGAAGCCCAUGAAAAAUGCAAAAUUCUUGCAGAACAGAAGGCAAUGCUCAAUGCCAUGGAUUCAAAGAUUAGGUCUCUGGAACAGAGAAUAGUGGAACUGUCUGAAGCUAAUAAGCUUGCAGCAAAUAGCAGCCUAUUUACGCAGAGGAACAUGAAAGCCCAAGAAGAAAUGAUUUCUGAGCUCAGACAGCAGAAAUUUUAUCUGGAAACUCAAGCUGGAAAAUUGGAGGCCCAGAACAGUAAGCUGGAGGAACAGUUGGAGAAAAUCAGUCAUCAGGACCACAAUGACAAGGCUCGCUUGUUGGAGCUGGAGACUAGAUUGCGAGAGGUUAGCCUUGAACACGAAGAACAAAAAUUGGAGUUGAAGCGGCAGCUUACAGAAUUGCAGCUCACCCUCCAGGAGAGGGAAUCUCAGAUUUCGGGGUUGCAGGCUGCCCGCGCAGCCCUGGAAAGUCAACUCCGGGAGGCUAAAACUGAGCUAGAGGAGACCACGGCUGAGGCAGAAGAGGAGAUCCAAGCUCUGACGGCUCAUAGAGAUGAAAUCCAGCGUAAAUUUGAAGCCCUUCGUAAUAGCUGCACAGUGAUUACAGACUUGGAAGAGCAGCUGAAUCAGUUGAGUGAGGACAACGCUGAGCUGAACAACCAGAAUUUCUUCCUGUCCAAACAACUAGAUGAGGCUUCGGGGGCAAAUGAUGAGGUAGUGCAGCUGCGAAGCGAGGUAGACCACCUCCGUCGCGAGAUCACGGAGCGAGAGAUGCAGCUGACCAGCCAGAAGCAAACGAUGGAGGCCUUAAAGACAACCUGCACGAUGCUUGAAGAGCAAGUGAUGGAUCUGGAGGCUCUGAAUGACGAGCUGCUUGAGAAGGAGCGCCAAUGGGAGGCUUGGCGGAGUGUUCUGGGGGACGAGAAGACCCAGUUCGAAUGUCGGGUUCGAGAGCUGCAGAGAAUGUUGGAUACAGAGAAACAAAGCAGGGUGCGAGCAGAUCAGCGCAUCACUGAAUCCCGUCAGGUGGUAGAGCUUGCUGUGAAAGAACAUAAAGCAGAAAUCUUGGCUCUCCAGCAAGCGUUAAAGGAGCAAAAACUCAAGGCUGAGAGCCUUUCUGACAAGCUUAAUGAUUUGGAGAAGAAGCAUGCUAUGCUGGAGAUGAACGCGCGUAGCCUGCAACAGAAGCUUGAGACGGAGCGUGAACUCAAGCAGAGGCUUCUGGAAGAGCAAGCAAAGCUGCAGCAACAAAUGGAUCUACAGAAAAAUCACAUAUUCCGCCUGACUCAAGGCCUGCAAGAGGCUUUGGAUAGGGCAGAUCUUCUGAAGACUGAGAGAAGUGACCUGGAGUACCAGCUAGAAAAUAUCCAGGUUCUCUAUUCCCAUGAAAAGGUGAAAAUGGAGGGCACCAUUUCACAACAAACCAAGCUCAUUGACUUUCUGCAAGCAAAGAUGGACCAGCCAGCCAAAAAGAAAAAGGGCCUGUUUAGUCGACGGAAAGAGGACCCUUGUUUACCCACACAGGUUCCUCUGCAGUACAAUGAGCUGAAGGUGGCGCUGGAGAAGGAGAAGGCCCGUUCGGCUGAGCUGGAGGAGGCCCUUCAGAAAACUCGCAUCGAGCUCAGAUCUGCUCGAGAGGAAGCUGCCCAUAGGAAAAUUACAGACCACCCUCACCCAUCCACUCCUGCCACGGCCAGGCAGCAGAUCAUCAUGUCUGCCAUAGUCCGGUCACCAGAACACCAGCCCACGCCCAUCAGUCUGCUUGCUCCUCCCUCAAGCCGCAGAAAGGAGUCUUCCACACCAGAGGAGUUUAACCGGCGCCUGAAAGAACGGAUGCACCACAAUAUCCCUCACCGGUUCAAUGUGGGGCUGAACAUGAGAGCAACUAAAUGUGCAGUUUGCUUGGAUACGGUUCACUUUGGACGACAGGCGUCUAAAUGUCUUGAAUGCCAGAUGAUGUGCCAUCCAAAGUGCUCAACCUGUUUGCCGGCUACUUGUGGCUUGCCUGCUGAAUACGCCACGCAUUUCUCCGAAGCCUUCUGCCGAGACAAACUGAACUCUCCGGGUCUGCAGCUGAAAGAGCCAAGCAGCAGUUUACGGCUAGAAGGAUGGAUGAAGGUGCCAAGAAAUAAUAAGCGUGGGCAGCAGGGCUGGGACAGGAAGUAUAUAGUUCUGGAAGGAACUAAAGUGCUUGUUUAUGACACAGAAGCAAGAGAAGCAGGACAGAGGCCUACGGAGGAGUUUGAGCUGUGUCCUCCAGACGGAGAUGUGACUGUCCACGGAGCUGUGGGCGCAACUGAGCUCCUAAACACAGCUAAGACAGAUGUGCCCUAUAUAUUGAAGCUGGAAUCUCAUCCUCAUACCACGUGUUGGCCUGGCCGGACUCUCUACUUACUCACACCCACUUUUCCUGAUAAGCAACGCUGGGUCAGUGCGCUGGAAUCCAUAGUUGCUGGAGGAAGAGUUUCCAGGGAAAAGGCUGAGGCUGAUGCUAAGCUCCUUGGAAAUUCUCUCCUGAAGCUGGAGGGAGAGGACCGUUUGGAUAUCAACUGCACACUGCCCUUCAGUGACCAGGUGGUCCUAGUGGGUGCUGAGGAAGGCCUUUAUGCCCUGAAUGUGCUGAAGAACUCUUUAACACAUGUCCCAGGAAUUGGUGCCGUCUUCCAAGUGCACCUCAUUAAGGAUCUGGAGAAGCUGCUCAUGAUAGCAGGGGAUGAGAGGGCACUGUGUCUUGUUGACGUGAAGAAAGUUAAGCAGUCUCUAGCCCAGUCCCACCUGCCAGCCCAGCCUGAUGUCUCUCCAAACGUUUUUGAGGCUGUGAAAGGAUGUCAUCUUUUUGCUGCUGGCAAGAUUGAGAAUGGGCUGUGCAUCUGUGCAGCGAUGCCCAACAAAGUGGUGGUUCUGCGCUACAAUGAGAGCCUCAGCAAGUUCUGCAUCAGGAAGGAGAUUGAAACCUCGGAGCCCUGCAGCUGCAUUCAUUUCACCAGUUACAGCAUCAUCAUUGGAACAAAUAAGUUCUAUGAAAUUGAGAUGAAGCAGUACACCCUUGAGGAAUUCCUGGACAAGAAUGACCAUACUUUAGCUUCUGCUGUGUUUGCAUCAUCCACCAACAGUUUUCCAAUCAAUAUCAUCCAGGUGAACCCUACAGGGCAGAGGGAGGAGUAUCUGCUUUGCUUUCAUGAGUUUGGCGUCUUUGUAGACUCCUAUGGAAGGCGCAGUCGCUCAGAUGACCUGAAAUGGAGUCGUCUGCCUUUAGCAUUCGCCUACAGGGAGCCUUACCUGUUUGUGACGCACUUCAACUCUCUCGAAGUGAUUGAGAUCCAAGCACGUGCCUCCCUCGGCACUCCAGCACGAGCCCACUUGGAUAUUCCGAGCCCUCGCUACCUGGGUCCAGCGAUUUCAUCAGGAGCAAUUUACCUGGCCUCUUCCUACCAGGACAAACUAAGAGUUAUUUGCUGCAAGGGGAAUUUGGUGAAGGAAUCAAACAACGAACUCCACCGAGUCCCCUCUACUACGCGCAGCUGUCCACGUCCAUUGUUUUUGAAUGACAGCAGUCCGAACAAGAGGGGCCCCCCGACAUAUAACGAGCACAUAACCAAGCGGGUAGCGUCAAGCCCUGGGCCUCCGGAAGGUCCAAGCCACCCUCGGGAGCCAAGCACACCCCAUCGCUAUCGAGAGGGAAGGACGGAGAUGCGUAGGGACAAGUCUCCUGGGCGUCCUCUAGAGAGGGAGAAAUCUCCUGGCAGGGUCCUGAGCACCCGCAGGGAAAGGUCUCCUGGGAGGCUGUUUGAGGAGAGCAGCAGGGGACGGAUGCAGGUGGGGGGAGCAAGGACUCCCCUCUCCCAAGUCAACAAGGUCUGGGACCAAUCGUCAGUAUAAGCUACACAAGCCUCCCCUUGACCUUGAACUGCAGGAAGAGCCGAGGAAAUGUACUGAGUAGAUGCACUUCUUAACUUAGCUGCCCAGGUACCCACCCAGCCAACAGCACUGGGCCCCAAAUAAUUGCUCUGGCAACAGGAUCCGAUCCACCAGGACUCAAGUUGCUCGCAAGGAUCGUUUGCAUCUCAGUUUCUUUUCCUGCAGCUUCCUGCAGUUCGGUUUUUCUCUUCCCUUCUCUCUCCUUUCCCCUUCCCUCUUUUUGAGCACUUUGUUACUACCGUUGCUCUUUCAAGCAGUUCAUGGGCUUUUUAUACUUCGCUUUUAGCCUUUUACCAGCCCGCCCUCGCCCCACCCCCCAUCAACAGAAGUCAGAUGGGAUGGGGAUCUCACCUAAGUCUUGAAAGGUGGGCUAUAUCAGCAUUUGGGAAAGAUGCUGGAAUUGUGGGAAGGCCCUUUAACCGGCAAAAGGCCACAGCGAUUCGUGUCUCCACACCCAACAUCAUUAGCUUCUGCUGUAGAGCUUUUAGAGAAAGCCUGGUCAAUUUAGUCCAUCCGCUCCUUCCAAAACCUUUUGGAAUUUAGGAUUCCCAAAGAAAAAGAUACCCGUUAAAUGCAGCUCUGCCGUCAGCCGGGUUACAGGGAAGGGAACGUCCUGUUUUAGCUCUCCCCAAAUAUCCCGCGAUAACACAGAAUAAGUGGUCGUGAUCCACUUCUCUCACUCUCUCCUUCUGCACUAAAGCAGUAUGGAGGUGUAAAACCUCCCUCUCUUACCCAGGUUUUCUGCAUGGCAGCUCCCUGCAUGCUUCCUAUACACCACCAUCCUCCUGGCUGCAGUCUCCUUUUCAGUUGCUUUUGCUAGAUAUUGUAUCUUGUACCUCCCGUGUUAACUAAACUGAAGCCUUUAUAGAUUAUGCUGCAACAAUUAACCAUCAUUGUUUACUGGGGAAACUGGCACUGAAGGAGAAUGAGCUUUAACAGUUCUCGAUUCCACGACAACAGAACUUAGCGAGGCAUGACGACAUUCCCAUCCCCAGCCAGCACUAGGCAGGAUCCUGUUCACAAACGUAUCACUAUAUACUGGAUAAAGGCUAAGCUAAAGGAAAGGCCCUCCUUGCCGCAGCGGUGCAACCAGCGCUCAGACGCUACCAAAGAGGGGAGUGAGGGACCGAAACAAAACAAGCCAUAGUGUGGUUUGUACUUUUUUGGGGUAGGUCAGGGACAAGGGAACCUUUGAUUCUCCUGUUGGCGUUGGGCCCAUAAUGAUCGCUGGCCGGGGCUGAUGGGAGACAGAGCCCAACAUCUGGAGGCCCACAGUCAGUGGGAAUGGGUUGAUGGCUUCACCUGGCGGUCAAAGGCAGGCAGCAGCUUUUGGGGAGUAGGUGCUCUCACCGUGCCAUUUGCUCCUGCCUUCGUCAGGUCCCCAUUUGGCUCCUGUUUUGGAGGCCCGCAGGCUCCCCAUCCCUAGUACAGCAACGGACCACCCCUACCCGGCAGUGAUGAUAAAGGCAAAUUUUAACAGCUUUGGCGAACUCUUCCAAACAUUUCUCCAUCACUUUUUGCCUCCCCGCUGCAAUCCCCUCUAUAGCUUCUCACGUUCGGGUGUUGCUGAGCCACCGAGGCAAACAAGUUUCCAAGUUUAGGCUUUCGGCCAUUCGGUUUGCUUUAGCUGCUGCGUUUCACUCCAAGCUGGCAAGAGCAAAAAUCCCACUCUGCCUCUCCUGCUUACUCCUUUUGCCAGCUGGUGCUGCCCUACUGGAGAGGCACCUAAAAUCUCUUCUGCUUCAAUCAGUGCCCUUCUGGAGGGUCUUGUGGAUUACAGGGUCUGGUCUGUUGUAUAUCCGGGCUAUUUUAUAUCAGAUGGUUUGUCAGGAAACAUGCUGAGACUUCUGCCUCUGGGUCUGGGUGUUCUGAAAGGUUUUUAAGGUCUUUGCAUCUCAUGGGGAAAAAAGUCCCUCGUGACCUGAAAGCUCGGCUUGUCGAGUCCUGAGAGUGUAUAUCUUGUGUCUUGUUUGUGAAAUGCUUCCUGCUAUAGAAUAGCUCAAAGGACUGUACAUAUUUACAAGAAACUUUAUAUUCGUAAAAAACAAAAAAAGGAAAUCAAAUCAGUUUCUACUUUUUUAUUGUAAAGUGUGCAUCUUUAUUUUCAACCACCAGCCCUUUGUUUUAACGGUGGCUGGGGAAAGGCGUCUUCAGCUACUUGAAGGGGCCUCGCCCUCACCCUCCAGGAAUCCCACGAAGAAAUAAUUGUAACGUUAAAUUUGCAGGCGGAAGCUUGCUAGCAUCAAUGAGGUUCUCGAGCAUAACUACAAUAUAGAAUUUGCCGUCACUACCUUUUAACGGUUGCAGAAAAGGUAAAGAAACAACAGGAGCAACUCACACUCCACCUGGAAAAGUAUUGAACUUGUUGUUAACAAUAAUCAAAUAAAAACAAAAUUCACUCUGACUGGCAUGGUGCAGUGACCUUUUCCUUCCUACAGGAGCAGCAGCAGCUUAAGGCAGGUGGGAGAGCUUAUCUUCCAUUGUUGUCUCCCAGAGCCUUUAUAACUCACCACUGCCUUUUAAAAGGGGGGGAUUUUUAAAAAAUUAUAUACUAACUUUCACUUGUCGUCUGCCAUCCUGGAGGCCUGUCGUCAGGCAGAAAGGUGGCGUUAUAAAUAUUUCAAGUAGCAAGACUAUAAAUAAAUUGUCAGAAGUUACUCUGUGAGUGCUUGGCUUCCAUGGUUGUUACCUGAAGUCACAGGGAUGAGCUGAGCGUCCCAACCCUCUCCAUUACUGCAGGAUAAAAGCUGCCAGGCCUUCUAGAACUCAGCAGCAGCAGCAGUAAUUGCUAAACUUCCAGCUCUCCAUCUUCAGUCCUGGAGUAAGCUAUCCCAUCCCCAUUGGGAAGCCAAUCUGUCCAUUUUUAAACAUUGAGCAGGUCAGCGGUCCCAGCAGACACACACGAGCCAAUGGCUUCCCAUAAACACCGUCCUAAAAUAACAAAGGGGGAAUAGUUCCUUGCCCUCUUCCUAGCAACAACACCCCUAAAGCUUCAAGUUUGUUUGUUUUUUAAAAGAAACAACUUAUUGCCCAUGUUAAUUCAGACUGUACAUCUCAAAACAAGUAACGCUUGGCAAGAGAAUGCAAGUUCAGACUAUAAUGUAAAUACUUCUAUUUUUAAACGAAGCCAGUUUAUACAGGGUCUGAUGUAUUCUUCUACAGGGAUCGUGUGUGUCUAUUACUAACUAUCAGCUUUACAGGAACUGAAGUGUGUUUCCUGAUGAGUUGUACACCUAACCUUUUCCCAGCCUGCUGUGGGUAGGUUACCAGUAAGCGAUGCCCCCCCAGCCCCACCCCAACCACCACCUUUUGGUCUCCAUAUAGCUCAUAGUGAUGCUCUGCAUAAACAAACAAAAAAACCAAACUGCUUUGACUUCUGUUGUGCCUAAUCUUGAAUGUAUAAAUGAACUGCAAGCUUGUUUACAAAUGUUCCUUUAUUUUUCUUUCAAUGUGCACAUAAAUAUACUUAUUUAAGACUCA